AUGGGAAACGGCUCGAGCUCCAACCUCAAUCUGAGCAACCCGAAAAACAGACUUCUAGAAGAUCAUCAUAAUCAUCACGACAAACUCAAGCCCACCACUUCCCGGAUCUCUUUCCUCCGAUCUCCUCUGCCAUGGCUCUUCAUCUUCCUCUUCUUCCUCCCGCUGCUUCUCAUCUCCACCACCGGCGGAGGCGCACGCAAACCUUGCCGACCUUCUUCCACUUACCGCCACCUCUCACUUGUCGACGAAACAAACUCUUCCUCAGCUGUCAAAGACCCAGAGGAGGAAGCAGAAGACGACUCCCCUCCACGUGUCCCUUCUCUUCACCCUCGACGACCAAGGAUGUUCAACACGACGCUCGACCACGUCGUUUUCGGAAUCGCCGCGUCCUCCGUCCUAUGGGAAACAAGGAAAGAAUACAUCAAAUCAUGGUGGCGACCGAACAAGACACGUGGCGUCGUCUGGAUCGACAAGAGAGUCCGUACUUACCGAAACGAACCUCUCCCGGAAAUCAGAAUCUCCCAAGACACCUCUCGCUUCCGGUACACGCACCCGGUAGGUGACAGAUCGGCGGUGAGAAUCUCGAGAGUGGUGACGGAGACGCUACGGCUAGGUAAAAAAGGAGUGCGGUGGUUCGUCAUGGGAGACGACGACACGGUGUUCGUCGUGGACAACGUCGUCAACGUUCUCUCGAAAUACGACCACACUCAGUUCUACUACGUCGGCAGCUCAUCGGAGGCUCAUGUUCAAAACAUCUUCUUCUCUUACUCGAUGGCGUUUGGAGGCGGUGGCUUCGCAAUCAGCUACGCUCUAGCUCUCGAGCUCUCGAAGAUGCAGGACCGUUGCAUCCAGCGUUACCCUGGUCUCUAUGGAAGUGACGAUCGCAUCCAAGCUUGUAUGACUGAGCUCGGUGUACCCCUCACCAAAGAGCCUGGCUUCCACCAGUACGAUGUAUAUGGGGACUUGUUGGGCCUGUUAGGGGCCCACCCGGUGGCUCCGUUGGUGACGCUGCACCACAUAGACGUGGUGCAGCCGAUAUUCCCGAAGAUGAAGCGGUCACGUGCGCUGCGGCAUCUCAUGUCAUCAGCAGAACUUGACUCAGCCAGCAUAUUCCAGCAGUCGAUUUGCUAUGACCAGAGCCGGUUCUGGUCAAUCUCGGUUUCGUGGGGAUUUUCGGUUCAGAUAAUCAGAGGAAUCAUUUCCCCACGCGAGCUCGAGAUGCCGUCGAGGACUUUCCUCAACUGGUUCCGCAAGGCUGAUUACAUUGGUUACGCGUUUAACACGAGGCCCGUUUCGAGACAUCCGUGCCAGAGACCGUUCGUGUUUUACGUGAAUUCGGCUAAGUACGACGAAGGUCGUCGUCAGGUGAUUGGGUACUAUAACUUGGAUAAGUCGAGGCGGAUUCCGAACUGCCGGUGGAGGAUCGAUUCGCCUGGGAAAAUCGAUUCCGUCGUCAUUCUUAAGCGACCUGAUCCUCUCCGAUGGCACAAGUCACCGAGAAGGGAUUGUUGCAGAGUAUUGCCGAGUCGGAGAAACACGACGAUGUAUAUUUGGGUCGGAAAUUGCGCAGACGGAGAGAUUAGUGAGCUUGAACAUCCUCAACAGUAA